CCAUUAAUUGUACGGACAAAUACUUAUAUGUGAUUACAUGCUUCCUUCUUUAACCAGCCUGAACAGGCAUAUACUCACAUUCCUCGACAAAUGCAGCAACCUCAGCCAUCUCAAACAACUCCAAGCACAUCUCAUAACACUCGGCCAUGGCGAAACCCAUUUCUACGCCUUCAAGCUCAUCCGCUUCUGCACUCUCCGCCUCUGCAAUCUCGGCUACGCGCGACACGUGUUCGACAGAUUCAACUCGCCCAACAUUUAUCUCUACACCGCGAUCAUCACUGCGUAUGCUCAAGUACCCGAUCACCUGUCCGCUGUGCUUCUUUACCGCGAUAUGGUCCGUGAAAAUCGGUCGAAGCCCAACCACUACAUGUUUUCGAUUAUCUUGAAGUCGUGGCCGGAGGUUGUGAGGAGUUAUGGGGUGGAAUUGGUGCAAGCCCAGAUUGUGAAAUCCGGGUUUGGUGGAAACCCGGUUGUGCAGACGGCCAUUUUGGACGGGUACUCGAGGUGUGGAGCAAAUGUUUGUCUUGCAAGGAAGGUGUUCGAUGAAAUGUCUGAGAGGAAUGUGGUAUCUUGGACUGCAAUGAUUUCAGGGUACGCGAGAGCUGGGCAGCUAGGCAGCGCCGUUUUGCUUUUCGAAGAGAUGCCGAAGGGUAUAAGGGACACACCGUUCUGGAAUUGUAUUAUUUCUGGGUGUGUGCAGAAUGGGUUGUUUUACGAGGCCAUCGAGUUUUUUAGGAGAAUGGUUGUCGAAGAGGGGGUGAGUAGGCCCAAUCAAGGUACUAUCGUAUGUGCACUUUCCGCUUUAGGACAUAGUGGAAUGCUGCAGGUUGGAAAGUGCAUUCAUGGCUACGUACAUAGGAUCGGACUUAGUUCGGAUUUAUUCGUCGUAAAUGGCCUAAUCGACAUGUACGGCAAAUGUGGGAAUUUCGCGAAAUCAAGAAUCGUUUUCGACAAAUCCAAUGAAGUAAAUUUGACGUCGUGGAAUUCUCUGAUAAAUUGCUAUGCGUUGCAUGGUCGAUGCCGCGAAGCGAUUGCUAUUUUCGAAGAUAUGCUGCAAUCCAAAGAUAAAAUAAAUCCCGACGGUGUGACGUUUAUCGGAUUACUGAAUGCUUGCACGCACAGAGGAUUGGUUAUGGAGGGUCGUAGUUAUUACAAUACGAUGAUUGAAAAGUACGGAAUCGAGCCUCAAAUCGAGCAUUACGGGUGUUUGAUAGACCUUCUUGUCCGGUCCGGAAAAUUCGAAGAGGCUAUAGAAGUUGUGGAGGGAAUGAGAAUUCCGCCCGAUGAGGUCAUAUGGGGUUCGUUGCUUAACGGGAGUAAGAUUCAUAGGCGUGUAGACAUUGCUGAAUUUGCAGUGAAGAAAUUGAUCGAGAUUAAUCCGACGGGUAACGGUGGUUAUAGUUCGAUUUUGGCUAAUUUAUACGGGGAAAUGGGGAAGUGGGACGAGGUACAGAGAGUUAGGACAACAAUGUCUGAAGGGAAUGUUUGUAAACCAGGUGGUUGCAGUUGGAUAGAAGUUGAAAACCGAGUUCAUAGUUUCUAUUCGGUUGAUCGAUCGCAUUGUAGAACGGAGGAAAUAUAUGCGGUUUUGGGUUGUCUGGUUGAUAAUGUAGAAACGGCAGUUAGUUUAAACUGCAAUGCAGAUGGGAGGUGCUAUUCGCGGUAGCAAAAUUACGAAUGUCGUUUUAAAAAAUCCACUCUCUAUCUUUCUUUCUCUCUCUACAAUUUUAGCUUUUAUAUUAGAAAUCAUUCCAAAA